CAUCAGCUCAUCAUAUAUUCCAAUUUUUUUUCCAUCUCAUCUUUAAUAUACACAUAAAUAAAAAACAAAAAGAUAAAUUCAUAUAUACUUAGUGGGUACUUCUAAUACUUCAUCUCUUAAUGGUCGUUUUUGGGAAGAAGUUUACAGGUUCGAUCAAUUUCAUUGCUCAAUAGUUGGGUUGAAUUAAGUUGGGAAAGCGGAAGCCAAAGAUGGAGUACAGCUCAUGUAACAGGAACUAAGUAAGAAUACAUUGAGUAUGAUGAUGAUGAUGAAUUUUGGUAUAUGCAAUAUCAUUUCGAGUAAGGGCAUGUGAUGGUAAAUAUGAUGGAAUCUUCCUCACGCUAAGUUUCCCUUUCCUUUACAAAACUUUCACUAUUUAUUCCCUCCCCUUUCUAUUCUCCGCCGCUCACUCUCAUUUUCUCACUCCCUACUCUCCACUCUACCCAUCAUUCUUCAUCCUACUUGACCCGAACCCGACCUGAAAUGGAUCUAAAGGCCACGCUUCUGCUUGGCCUUAUCUGCAUUACAGUUGCAACCGUUGGUGGUCAAUCUCCCGCCGCAUCUCCCACCCAAUCACCACCCGCCACGUCACAACCACCUCCUUCUACUCAACCACCACCAGCUGCAACUCCUCCAACCCAAACUACCACCUCUCCUCCACCCGCCACCACCACUUCUCCACCUCCUUCAACCACUCAAAGUCCACCACCUGUCCAAGCUCAGAGUCCGCCACCUGUCCAAUCUCAAUCUCCUCCACCAGUUUCCACCCCACCACCAGUAUCUUCACCACCACCAGUUUCUACUCCUCCGCCAGUAGCAACACCACCACCAGCAAGCCCACCACCACCCGUAUCAACACCCCCACCAGCAAGUCCUCCGCCAGUUGCGACCCCACCACCAGCUACUCCUCCACCAGUUCAAGCACCACCUCCAGCAACAACACCACCAGCUGUGACACCAGUUGCCGCUCCAGUCAUUGCUCCGGUGGCUUCUGCUCCAACGCCAUCUUUGCUAUCUCCACCUUCACCGCCUAGUGAAGCUCCUGGACCUAGUGGAAGUGAAGCUCUUUCCCCUGGGCCAGUUAGCCCUCAGGAUCAGAAUGGAGUAGAAAAGAUGUGGUCCAUGUCAAAGUUUAUUGGAAGCUUAAUUUCUGGAAUUGCUCUAUUGGGUUUGCUAUUCUAAGAGAAAAUCAGCUGCUUUUGACGAUGUAGUUGAGAUAUUUUUAUGGCAAUAGUUACUAUUAUUGGAUAUGUCAUUUUGUGCCCUCCAUCUUGUAUUUUGGAUUAUAUACUUCUAUUAUUAUUACAUUCAGCUGGAUUCUUUUGUUUGUGAAAUUUUUAUGGGUUAUUAUUAUUAAUUAUUAUUAUUUUUUUUUCUUUUCUGGAUGGUCAUAGUAUCAUGUUGUAUCAUUGUAUGAGACGUUGAGAUUGUAUUUGUAAUUCAUUUAGCAUUUACCACUUUUUUCAAUUAAUAAUUAUCUAGCUGUUUUUUU